AUGAAUGCCAGCGUCAAGAGCGAUGGCUCUGAGCACUCGUUGGCCAACGCUAGCUACAUGUUUGGGCCAAAGAAUGUUGCCCGCUUCUCCACAGUCACAGAGGCUUUCCUCCACUUUGCUUCAAAGCAGCCUACACAAAUUGCUGCUCGCAGCCUCUCGUCUGCACACAUCACAGAAGUCACAUACUCUGAGCUUCUUCAGCGUGCCAAUGAGCUUGCACACAGGCUGAGGAAACUCGGCGUGACUCCAGGAAGCAGAGUUCCUCUCAUUGUGAAGCGAGGAGUCGAGAUGAUCACUGGCAUCCUGGCCAUCCUCCUGUGCGGCGCUCAAUAUGUCCCUCUCGACGGGGGUGUUGUUCCCGACACCACUCUCCGUUAUGUCAUUGAGCAGGCGGGAGGCAGGUCAUGCACCGUCUUGACACUCAAGUCACUGGAGAACCGUCUACAUGGUUUCGAUGUGGCAAACGUACUACCUAUUGAUGCGAGAUCAUAUUCUCCCACCCCAGACCCAGCUCAUCCUUUGAAGGAUUUGGCGGAGCCAGAUCUUGGCUGCUAUGUCAUCUAUACAUCUGGCACCACAGGAACACCUAAGGGGGUUGAUGUUACGCACCGCAAUGUGACCAAUCUGGUCUGCCAGUCCCCUGGUGACCUCGGAAUUGUCCCAGGAACCCGUGUGGGUCAAGUUCUCAACAUCAGUUUCGAUAUGGCUGCCUGGGAGAUGCUUGGUUGCCUCUGCAAUGGCGGGACUCUGAUCCUUCGCGGCUCCAAGUGGCAAAGCGCACUGAGCCAGAUUGAUGUUCUGAUUUGCACACCCAGUAUCCUGGCAAAAUAUGAGCCCAGCGAGUUCCCAAACAUCAAGGUUGCCGCAACAGCUGGCGAGCCUAGCUCUCAAAAGCUGGCCGAUACAUGGGCAUCGGCCGCCACCUACUACAAUUGCUGUGGUCCAACUGAGACUACCAUUGUGAACACUAUGCAUCGCCACCAGCCGGGUCAGCCUCUGACCAUCGGCAAGCCUACCCCAAACAACAUCGUCUACAUUCUGGGAGACGACAAUCGUCCCGUUCCCUUUGGUGCUACCGGCCUCAUGUGGGCUGGAGGCUUGGGCGUUUCCAAGGGUUACGUUUCCAACCCCGAAAAGACAGCCGAGAGAUACUUGGCUGAUCCGUUUGCUGCCGAUGGCUCCAUGAUGUACAACACUGGAGACCUCGGCCGCUGGAACCCUGAUGGCACUAUUGAUAUUGUUGGGCGGCAAGAUGACCAGGUUAAGAUCAAAGGAUUCCGUGUUGAACUUGACGGAGUCACUACCUCUCUGAAUUCAUGCCCAGGUGUCGACCGCGCCGCUGUUAUCCUUGUGGGCGGCGAAAUCCACGCCUUCGUUACUCCCCUGACCUGCGACGAGAAGACACUUCGGGAACAUAUGGGACGCUGCCAGCCCUACUACGCUGUUCCCAGUCACUUCCAUUGUGUCGACGCGCUGCCUCUAACACCCAAUGGCAAGAUUGAUAAGCGAGCUCUCGGAUCAGCGUCAGUGGCGUUCUGUACAAGCGAGAAGCCUCUGUCAGAGCCGGAGAUGCCCAAGGAGGCCUUUGUUCCGGUCAGAGCUUACUCCUCCGAUUAUGACGUCCCCUUCCAACCCACACCAUCAACGACCUCUGCGUCAAGCAGCUCAAGCUCAAGCUCAAGCUCAUUUGAUGAGAAGAUGGUUGAUGAGAAAGUUAUUGACCUGGAGGCCGGUAUCCCCAACAAACUUCAAGGAAAGCGCCAGCGCGGUCUAAAGCAUCGCGUGUUGAUUGUUUAUCGUCAACUUUUCUCAAUCGUCGGAAUCUUCAACAUUGCUGCCGUCAUUGCCCUUUUGCUGACGGGAGCGCCACGAGAGUGGCUUGGGAACAUCACUGCCAUCAACCUUGUCGUCGCGGUCCUCAUCCGUCAAGAUUUUGUCAUCAACGCCCUGUAUACGAUCACCUGUAGCGUUCCCAAGUCCUGGCCCCUCUGGAUCAGGACCAAAUGUGCUCGCAUCUUCCAUCUUGGCGGCGUUCACAGCAGCGCUGCUUUUUGUUCGGCUUUAUGGCUAUUGGCUGGCAACAUCAGUGACAUCGUGUGCAUGUGCACUGGGACAUGCAGGGAAGGUUGGGGCCAGCAGUCAGUUGCAAACAAAACAAUCUCAUGGAUCCUGGCUGCCGGGUUUGCAUUCAUGAUUUGCCUGGCUUAUCCCCCAAUACGGAAGUCCAAGCACAAUCUCUUCGAGCGCAGCCAUCGCUUUACCGGCUGGACUAUGCUGGUACUUUUCUGGGUCCAGACUGUUCUCAAUGCCAAUGAUACCAAACCCGAGGGCAUGUCUCUUGGUGAAGCAGUAGCUAUGUCGCCCCCCAUGUGGCUUUUGGUUGUCGCAACCAUCAGCAUCGCCAUGUCAUGGCUGUGGCUACGAAAGGUCCCCGUUGAUGCCGAGGUAUUCUCCAACCACGCUGUCCGUCUACACUUUGAUUAUACAGUCCCUGUGAAUGGGUCUUUUACCCGCCUGUCCCAUAGCCCUCUACUGGAGUGGCAUUCAUUCGCCACAGUGCCUGCCCCAACAGCAGAGAACGGAAGGCCAGCUGGUUACUCAGUUGUUGUAUCCAACGCUGGUGACUGGACUAAGGAUGUAAUCCAAAACCCCCCAAAACACCUCUGGGUUCGUAGCGUUCCCACUUGUGGCGUGAUGCGGAUUGCAACUUGCUUCAACAAAGUUGUCCUCAUUGCCACAGGCUCUGGUAUUGGCCCGCUUCUCGGACACAUCCAAGAUCCCAGCUGCCCAACUCAGCUGAUCUGGUCAACACCAAAACCAGAGGAAACCUUUGGAAAGGCCCUCUGCGACACCAUCCGCAAGAAGGUCCCCAAUGCUGUGAUCCAUGACACCAGGACACAAGGACGGCCUGACCUUGUCAAGAUGGGAUAUAAUAUGGCAAAGGGUUUCGGCGCAGAAGCCGUCAUUAUCAUUGCCAACGAGAAGAUCACAAAGAAGGUGGUCUAUGGCCUUGAAACUCGUGGAAUCCCCACAUAUGGAGCCAUCUGGGACAGCUAA